GAAGGUUACACACUCACAGUUGAGGCAACUAGAUAGGAAACGCCUACUUCUACACUCUAGGUCUGUGUUUGAAGAUCACAUUCGCAUCAGCAACGUAGUUUUUGCUUCUCAUAAAUUUCACUGGUGUACUAUAGUCUUCUGAGGGCAUAUCGAUAGCUUGAUUCACUCUUUUAUCUCCAAGUAUUACGUGAAAUAGUAUCCAAAAUGCAAAGUAGUAUACUUUUGUGCCUGGCGGCCCUUUCUGGCUGUGCUAAUGCACAAUAUGUACUGCAAGCGCUCUAUCUCAACUUCAUGGAUACCACUGUUCAAGAAACCAAUGGACUGUGUGUUUCGGGUCAACAAAGUAGCAAUCAAAUUCUAUACACCACCUGCGGCAGCUUUGCCUCGGAUUAUAACUACGCGGAAUUUAGUUUUGGACAAGCGCUGCUAGUCAGUCGAGUCGAGGGGUCGUGUCUCACUUUUCCAACGAGUAUUGAGCCUGACAAUAUCACGGACCCGAACGCGAUGAUUCUGGCACCGUGUUCGAUCACCAAUACCUUGCAGCGCUUCGGUUACAAUAGUGCCUUGACACCUGUCACUAACCCGGCGUCGUUUCCACAGCUAGUGAGCUCGGCCUAUUUCAUUAAUGGAAUACUCACACCAGUUUGCGUCCGCCCGUGUCUCGCGACAACGACUCGCACAUGUGCGUACAGCGCCGCCUACAUCGUAACCAAUGGUCUGGGCCAGUGCAGUUUCUCGCAGGGUUCCACCCCCAUCAACUCGGCUAUUACCGCGGUCAAUAACGGUAUCAUACCGGGAUUUGGUACCACCACCUCUACCACGAGUUACCUGGCCACGGUGGUCACGGGGACUGUCGCGCCGAGUACCAAUUUUAUCGUCGACGUGUCGACGCUAUUCGUGGCCACAACCACUCAAUUCGGCGGGGCCGUGUUCGUCACCUCCACAUCUACUAAUCAGCAGGUGUUUACCGAGGCCACGGCAACUACCGAUGAUUUCACGGAGACGCAAACGGUCUCUGCGAUUGUCUUUGAGAACACCACCUUGUUCUUUGCCAACGGUGUACAGACCACGCCCGUGGAAGGAGGAGGUCCCUUUGCUACGGGUGUGUUUCCUACCACAGACGUGGUUAACCCAUUCCCUGUCGUCACGACCACGUCUCAGUUUAAUCCCUUUGGCCCUGUGGCCACCACCACAUCAGCGUUCAAUCCGUUUGCGACUGCCACCAGUGCGUUCAACCCAUUCGCCACCACAUCGAUGUUCAAUCCGUUUGCUACGAGCUCGGUGUUCAAUCCGUUUGCUACGAGCUCGGUGUUCAAUCCGUUCGCACGCAGUAGACCCACACCCGCGCCUCAGCCGAGCAUGAACACCGACGCCGCCGACGGGGGUGUAGGUGUGUUUUAUAAACAGGCCAAUGAGAUGAUGCGUCAGGAGGAGAUGGAGCGCAACCGCUUUGUGGAGGCAGAGGACGACAUGGCGUAUCCUGAGGAGAAUGCCUACCCGGAGAGCUCGGCUGAGGCAGUGAAUACAUCACAUGAGAGCCAGUUCGCCGGAACUACGACUGGGCUUAGUACCAGCGCUAUUGUGGCCAUUUUGGUUUCGAGUUCGGUGCUGUUGUUGCUGUGCGUUUGCUCUAUGGCGGCCAUUGGAUACAACUGGUACCAGAAGCGUAAGAAUCGUGCGAACAAGAGUGUGGGUGAUUGGGAUGGUGAAAGUGUCACGUCAGAUAUCGAGACUGUAAGUAUGCCACCUUCGGCUAUGUACAGCAGCAAGAAGGGCAGUUUGUCCGUCAACGAUGGAGAAAGCGACCUGACGAUUCCCGGGAGUUUUGUGGUUUGAGGUGUAUAUAUAUAUGUAUAUAUAUAUACUCGUACAAAAGUUAUCGCUUGUAUGUGUACGCAUGUAUAUAUACAGGACAAUACUAAGCUGGGUGGAGGGGUUCAAUGGAGCCCAUGAUUGUAUCAGAGUUCCCCCAUUUUAAGCAAGCGGAGAUUUGUAUCGGGAGAGAUAGUGUAUCGUUAUCUUGCAGAGCUAUAUUGUCACGAGGUGGGGAUAUCACCACAUGUGCAUCAGAAGCUGGAUACCGAUUGAUUCGAUACCGAAAGUAAAGUAAGACAGAUGGAGGAAAAUUAGGGGAGAUAUAAAUGUAUGCGACCGCGAAAUAUGCUUGUGUCGCAUAUAUGAGCUGCCGGUUGUACUUAGGGUAGCAAUCCAACAUUGUAAUCAGGUUGGCCUUCGAAUAAUUAAAAGUGUACUAUAGUUUUUAUUGUAUUUAAG